AGAAAAACGCCCAUUUUUUGAAUGGCGGGGGAGGUUGUUGCAGUGUGGAGGUGGCGAUGGAGCAAGAGUUGGAUCCCUCUCUCCCAUGUAGCCAGCGACUGCUUUCUGCAAUUCUCGCCAUGGAACCUUCCGAAUGCCUUAUCUCCCAUGCCAGGGAGUGUGGUGGAGGCUCAAUCACAGAGCAAGUUCAACAAUUCAUCUGGCACCAUUGCCUCUCCUCUCCUGGUGAUUUUCAUGUUCCUUACCUGAAGAAUUUCCUCAAGAAACUCAUCGCUCAAAUUGAGUUCGACCAUGGCUAUGUCUUGGACAGCUUAUACGAACUCUAUGCUCUCUAUAUGACAUCAUGCAAGGAUGAUAGUUUAGAGAAGGGAGACGCCAGAGUCAGCAAAAUAAUUUCGUUUCUUUUUCCUGAUGGUUGUUCUGAACUACUAAGUUGUCCACACUCGAGGGCAGUGGUUUUUUCGUUGCAGUGUUCUCUAAACAUGCUUGAAGGUGAUACUGGGUGCUCAAUAUGGCCAUCAAGUCUGUUUUUGUCCGAGUUAAUACUUUCUCAUCCAGAAUUAUUUUCUAAUAAAUCAUGCUUUGAGAUUGGUUCAGGAGUUGGCUUAGUUGGAUUAUGUCUAGCUCAUGUGAAAGCUUCCCAGGUGAUAUUAAGUGACGGUGACCUAUCAACUUUAGCUAACAUGAAGUUUAAUUUGGAGUUGAACAACCUCAACGUUGAGGCUAAUAUGACAGAAGGAAACAAAGAUCCAAAUAUGGUAAAAUGCUUGUAUCUGCCCUGGGAAUCUGCAUCAGAAAGUCAACUCCAAGAAAUUAUGCCAGAUGUUGUUUUGGGUGCAGAUGUGAUAUAUGAUCCAGCUUGUUUACCACAUCUUGUUCGAGUACUUGCCAUUCUUUUAAAUCAGAUGAAUUCCAGUGUCUGCAGACAGCAUUCAAGUUGCAAGAACCUCUCUCCAAACAUUAAACUUGGAAAUGGUGAACCAAAUCAUGAAAAUGAUAUUGAAAUAUGUGAUGGUAGAUGCAAAGCAAUAUAUAAUGAUGGUAGUAGUAGCAUGUCAAAGGAAGCACCGGUGGCUUAUAUUGCAUAUGUUAUCAGGAACAUUGAAACUUUCAACUAUUUUCUGAGCUUAGGGACACAGGCUAACCUUGAUAUUGUGGAUCUUACUGAUUCAUUGAAGCCAUUAAAUUCCAGUGUCUGCAGACAGCAUUCAAGUUGCAAGAACCUCUCUCCAAACAUUAAACUUGGAAAUGGUGAACCAAAUCAUGAAAAUGAUAUUGAAAUAUGUGAUGGUAGAUGCAAAGCAAUAUAUAAUGAUGGUAGUAGUAGCAUGUCAAAGGAAGCACCGGUGGCUUAUAUUGCAUAUGUUAUCAGGAACAUUGAAACUUUCAACUAUUUUCUGAGCUUAGGGACACAGGCUAACCUUGAUAUUGUGGAUCUUACUGAUUCAUUGAAGCCAUUAAAUCUCCUCUGCUUCAUGCAAUCAUUCAAUCAAGCCAGUGUAAGACUAUUACGUAUCACUUCCAGUAAUAUACAGCUUUGCAUGGUGAAAUCAGAGAUGGCGGAGAGUGAAGUGGAGGUGAUUCACUCAUGGUCUGCUCCAAGGUCCCUCAGUACCAGUCUCAUGUAUUCUUUUGCUCAGAGGGAUGACAUAGAAGUGCUUGAUGAGCCUCUCUAUGCAUAUUUCCUUAGAGUAACAGGUCUUGAUAGACCGUACAGGGAGGAGCUACUCUCAAAAAUGGAAUCUGAUGGAAAUAAGGUCACUAGUGACAUAAUUUUUGGUCCAGGAAGGAAGAAAUAUAGAUUCUGCAAGCAUAUAUCAAAGCAACGCUUACAAGGUUUGACUGGUGAUCUAAUGAAGAAAGGAAAGCACUUCAUUCUGAUAAGAAAUCCUCUUGAUAUAUUGCCAUCCUUCGAUAAGGUUGUCCCUCCAUCUUUCUAUGAGUUGGGUUUGGCAGAGCUGGUUUGUAUAUACAAUGAACUUCGUGAGAUUGGAAAGGCACCACCUGUUAUUGAUGCUGCAGAACUUCAACAAGAUCCUGAGGCUACCCUACGCGGUCUCUGUGAUGAUCUGGAGAUUCCCUUUCAACCUGCUAUGCUCAAGUGGGAAGCAGGUCCAAAGGAAAUAGAUGGCUUGUGGGCCCCUUGGUGGUACAAGACUGUGCAUAAAUCUACUGGUUUUGAGAAACCUAGAAAGUAUCCCGAGCCAUUUCCUUUUUCUCUGUACGAUUUGUUGGAACAAAGUCUACCCCUGUAUAAUAUGCUUCAGCGUCAUGUGAAGAAAAAAUCAUCUCUUCUGAGCUCUCCUUUACCUACUCCCGAUCUUCCUGUUCCUGCAAAUGAGAAAUUGCUUGCUUGGGUUGGUGACGAGAUUAUGCCUCGUGAUAGUGCUAAGGUUUCUGUAUUUGAUUCAGUUGUCCAAGGAGGUGACUCGGUUUGGGAGGGACUUCGGGUGUAUAAUGGAAAGAUAUUUAAGCUUGAGGAGCAUCUAGACAGGUUAUUUGAUUCAGCAAAGGCUUUAGCUUUUGAAAAUGUUCCUAAUCGGGAUGAGAUAAAGGAAGCAAUUUUCAGAACUUUGAUUAGGAAUGGCAUGUUUGACAAUUCACACAUACGACUUUCCCUAACACGAGGGAAAAAGGUUUCUUCUGGGAUGAGCCCAGCAUUCAAUCUUUAUGGCUGUACAUUAAUUGUGCUUGCUGAAUGGAAACCCCCAGUGUAUGAUAAUACCCGUGGUAUAGUUCUUGUAACUGCUACAACUCGCCGUAAUUCACCAAAUAACUUGGAUUCGAAGAUUCAUCACAAUAACCUUCUCAAUAACAUACUUGCAAAGAUUGAAGGCAAUAAUGCCAAAGCAGAUGAUGCAAUCAUGCUUGACCAAGAUGGUUAUUUGUCAGAAACCAAUGCAACUAACAUUUUCGUCGUUAAAAAAGGCCGUGUUUUGACACCUCAUGCUGAUUACUGUCUUCCUGGCAUUACUCGUGCAACUGUAAUGGAUCUUGUUGUGAAAGAACAGAUAAUCUUAGAGGAGCGCAGAAUCAGCUUGUCAGAAGUGCAUACUGCAGAUGAGGUCUGGACAACUGGAACAAUGGGAGAACUAAGCCCAGUGGUGAAGGUUGAUGGUCGCAUAAUUAGCAAUGGAGAAGUUGGAGCAAUCACUAGAAGAUUGCAAGCUGCAUAUAAAAAGUUGACAGAAGAAUCUGGUAUACCUAUUCCAACCUAUGUUAAGACUUGAAAAGAUUGCAGUUGUAAGCUAGAGGAAAAUGCUGCUGUACAUUGCUAAAAGCUCUACAUAUAUGGAAGCAUUUUUCCCUCAGAAAAAAAAAUGGCUUUUUUGGUAUUCAAUAAAUUAGCAAAAAACAAACUCUUUUUUUCUUUGGAUGGAAUUAAAAAGUUCUUUGUUCCAUUAGAGCUUGUUAAGGUUGAGUUUGGUUUCAAGUUAACUUUUUCUGAAUCACUGACCAGUUAACAUGGUUUUAGCUAAAUGAUCGGAAGUUCGAUUUCA